AUGCUAUGCUGUGAGCAGAAAAUCGACGAGAUCGCAAAGGGCAUCGAUAGUAUUACCCUUCUUCUCUCGCAAAACGCGUCUCAACCGGUGCAAGGAACUGAAGCGAAUACCAUAUGGCAUCCUGAUCGAAGUGCUUCAGCCAGACCCCUCACGAAAAGCCAACCACUUCUGUGGGAUCACUCUGCCCACAUAAUCAAUUUUAUUAAGACUGUCGUGGAAGACAAGAAUCCACAAUACGUGGAAUCUCAUGCAGCCGAACCGCUCUCGUCGUUAAGAAAACUUGUGCAAAUACUGGAAGACCCUGGUGCUUCUCCAUGCUCGGGUUUCAAGUUCAUGAGAAGUCAAUCUAACCCGCCGAUGCCCCCUUUGGAAGCGGUCGUCACUGUGUUACGUUGGGCUAAGGACCACGAAGGAUACUCGGGUAUUGCGCGAAUAACUGAAAUACUCCCUGUAGAAACUUUUACCGAUAUAUGUCGAAUGGUCUACUUUGCAGUUGACGAUUACAGUGAAGUAGACCUCAUCCUCGCUAAUGGAUAUCUCGCCUGCGCAUUCUCACAACAUUUUCUCGAAUAUGGGCUCCAAGACUCCCGAAAAUACUGUAACAUAUGCCGACAAAACCUCCAUGAAGGUCUCGCCCGGUUUCCACUUCUAUUACCGGCAUCUAUGGAGGUUAUUGCUGCCUUGACUCUUGGGGUAUACGACGCAAUCGAAACCUCCAGAGCCACAACCGCGUGGAGAUUUGUUUCGGCGGCAUCGAGUCUUUGUCUGACAUUGGGCUAUCAUCGGAUAACCUCAACAAAGGAAGAGAACCAAUCUUUACGAGCAUCUCAAGAACGGCUUUUUUGGUCUAUUUAUAAAAUGGACAAAGGGCUUUCACUUCAGCUUAGUCGACCCUCCAAUAUACGUGAUGACGAAAUCACGUUGCCGAGAUCCGACAAAGAGCCGAGACAAAGGAGGCUUGGUAGAAUUCAGGGGAAAGUUUAUGAUCAGCUUUAUAGCCAAGCAAGUUCAUCUAGAUCAAUAGAUGAACGGGGUCGUUUGGCUGAAACACUGGCUGAAGAACUAAGAGGACUGAUCAACGAAACACACACCGAGAUCUUUGCUGCUGCUGCUCAAGUUGCUGAAGACGGGUUUGAUCCUCUAAAAGGGCUUUAUCUGCAAUGCGAUCUGGUUUGUCAAGCUUCGUUGCUCACUUUGAUUCUCCGGGCUACUCCCUCGCGACCAGACUCGCUCGGCAGUGUUUCAGAAGACUGUGUUGCAGUUGCUCGUGAUGUUUUUGACGUUCACCAGAAAUGCAUGAUAGACUUGCGUAAAUGCAAGGACCCAAUGAUGGUGACACAAUAUAUCAACUGGGCUAUCGUGCAUAUCCCUUUCGUUCCAUUCAGUAUUCUCUUCACACACGCUGUUCAGUUUCUAGACCUCGCCGACCUAGAAAGAUUAGACACUUUUGCCGCAUCGUUGAAGCCUGACACAGUUGACGGACAGGAAUCCAUUACACAUCCUCAUAGGUUGUACGAGCUGCUCUGCCAGGCUGCAAGGCUCUAUAUUGAUUCUAGAAACCCGUCUUUCCCUGAAGACUCGACUCUCAUACCGGAGAAUCUAGAUAUCUUUGGCUUAUCGACAUUCGGAACCGAGCCGGACGCUGAAAGUGAAAGCUUUCACAUGUCAAGUCUCCAGACGCUUGGCCUGAAUGAUUGGUACCACAACAAUCAGCAAAUAAUGCGUUUACUGAACGAAGAUUCACUCUUCUAA